UUAAUCAAUAUACUAGUGGAUAUUGGAUCCUACUUGGUGGAGAAGAGAAGUAAAUGGCUGGAUCUGAUUGGUGACGUGUCAAGAAGUCAUCAACGCCGCUAAUCAGAGUGUUGACCGUAAUUACCCGACAAAGCGGAAUUCGUUUCCGAACAGAGCUAGGGCAUCACGGGGUAUUUUCGUCAUUACAUUAAAUCACCGAGGGCAUUACCGUCAUGUUAUCUAGUAUAAAUAGGGCGGUGAGUGGGAUAGAACAACUCCUCCACAGCUUAUAUAAUCUUCGCACCUCCUUUUUCUCUCUCUCUUCUCUCACGAAGAAGGCAAAGAAAUAUUCUAGAAGCCACCGAGAUUUCAUCGUACGGCUGUUAGUCGUUCCCAGGGUUGAAGAUCCGGUGUAACGGACGUUCGAGAUCUAAUUAACGAUACGAAGUCGGCGUGGCGCGGCUUGGCUGCGCGCUUUCUGUAUAAUCCCGUGGUUAAGAGUUGGAUCGGAGGGAAAUUUUGGCUGCGAAACCUGACGAUUUCUUCAGAGGUGUUUUACGAGAAAAUUAUUGUGAGAUUUGGAACCGCCGAAGGAGGAUUAAUCAGAACCCGCUGCGUUUUUUUUAUUUUGGCGAGGAGAUUUGGGGUUUUGAACAAUUGAUACAGGCAAUCUACUUGUGGAUGUGCAACUAUCAAAGAGAUUGCUGUUUACUAUGCUGACCUAUUUUGCCUUGACUUGCUUGUUGAACUGAUUUACGCCCGCGGAUUAUAAAUUGGCGUACAAUCAGAAAAGAAAUCAACCUACAGAGAAUUCCAACAAAUCUUUGGUAGGGGAUUCUUUGUAUUGAGCCCAUAUCUGCAAAAAAUGCUGAGCAGUGUGGGCCUUGAAGUUAUGAACUCAACCAAUUCUGAAUUAAGUUGGAAGACUGUGACCAAAGGAAGGCGCUCCAAGAAGCCAAUAGCUAGAAGCUUGAAUAGUGUUUCAAAAGUAGGUAAAUCCGUCAGUCCCAAAAGAGUUGGAGAUUUUUCUGGGUCUGACUCUGACAAGUUUGGCAAUGUGGUUGUUGGACAGUUAUCAACCUCUGGUAAGUCGGAGAGCGUUCCAAUCAAGAAACGGAGGCAUUUAAUUCAAUCUUCAGUACCUCACUCCCGGACCCCCAAUUCACGUCGCCAGGAUUCUGUUUCCCCAGAUUCUGCUUCCCCACGUCAAUUUUCUUCUUCACCUAUUUGUGAAAAUCACCUGCAGCUUCCACAUCCGAGUUGUUCGUCUUGUCAGAGAUCUGCCAACUGGCAAUUACGGGGAAUUGAUGGAUCUGCAACAGUUAGAUUUGCUGAAGGUUUAGGGGACUUUUCUGGUAUUGAACUUCUUGCAGCAGCUGCUAGCAUGGAUGCUGAUGAUGCCGAUAAUGUUAAUAAAGUGGACCUUGUUGUGGAAGAGGCUGUAAAGACAAAAAACUCUGAUGCUCUGUCCAAACUCAGUUUCGAGAGUAAUGAAUCAGAGGAUUCCUCGAGGAAUAAUACUGUGUAUGGAGGUAACCCCAACUGCUCCCUAGUUCUGAACAACUCUGCUGCUGAUUCUCGAAGUCUCUGUGUGAGCCCGAAAGAUCAGACUGUGCCGAAGGUGAGCAGACAACAUUGGGAUUUGAACACUCUGAUGGAUGCUUGGGAAGAACCAUACGACGAUUCUGAAAAUGCCUCAAGAAUGUCAACGAUGAAAUGAAUAUUGAAGAGAGGCAGAAGGAUUCACCCAAUCUGAAAAUCAAAGAGAAUAAAUCAACAACACUUUCACUGGAUAGGGUCUGUAGUGAGCUGCCCAGUCUCAAGGAGCAUUUACUAGUAACACCCAACAGUGCUUAUUCUCAUGCUGCUAUGGAGAGUUAUGAUGAAGCUGCUGAGAAAGAUGCUGAUGAGAGGAACUCAAAUCAAGUUUUGCAUUCUGAUGAAAAUUUGAAUCAUGUUGUGGUCGCAGAUGAUAUUCUUGAUGGUUCUCCUUUCACCAAGAUAGUUUGUUCCUCUGGUGUAGCGUCUGAGAGAAAUAUCAACACUGUUCUCAACAGUGUUACCGUAGCACAUGAUGAAGAUUGUUCCAGUAAUAUGAGUGAAUGCGGGAUAACUACAGCUUCUGAUAGAAUUCAGAUUAUGGCGCAAGAUGUCAUUGCACAUGAUCUGCCAUCCAGUGAUAUUUCUGAAUCUGCCAUUGAUCUCCAGCCAAAGGAUACCAAAGUCCAAAAGACUCCUGAACCGCAUGGUAUUAUGAGAGGCACAUAUAUUCAAGAUUGUCAGCUUUUCCCUAUUGCGGGUUCAAAUAUUCAAAAUGACGGAACUUCUAUUUCUGGUUCUGCGAUGGCCGAUUGUCAGGGAUUCUCAGGGCCUGCUGAACUUGUUGCCAAGGUAGAAGACUCUUGCAAGAGUAGUAGGGCUCGAGCACUAUGUGCUGACCCAAUUAGCUCUGUUGGAAGGAUUGGUUCCGCUAUUGAUGGCCAACACAAUUCAGACCGUGCUCACGUUGUUGUUGGAGAUGAGAUGGCUAGGUUCCCAGAAGGGUAUGAUUCUCCAUACGAGGAUGGAGAGUUGAGGGGUUCGUUUUUGUACCCAUGGGCGGACAAUGAGUUUGAAAAUGAAUAUGUUGACUACGAAUCUGAUGGAAGAAAUGGAGACAGUUCUGAUGCUGCUGAUUACCCUGGGUCAGUUAUCGUUGAAGGUGGUUCUGAGGGUUCUAAUGGGAAUGGAAGAUUUGCAGAAGGUAAAACAAAAAGUGGCUCUAGACAUACUUUGAGGAGGCAUUUUGUCAAAGAUGAUUCGGACAAUAAUGAGAUAGCUGGAAAGGUGUCAAAUGCGGGAUCUGGUACUACAGUUGAUCAGUCCAUGGAAAUGGUCGAGGAAAAUUAUGAUGGCGUGAAAAGGAGACAGUUGGCUGAUCGAAGAAACUUUAAUGUUAAAUUGACACAAAUAGAUGAAUAUGCCUCCAAGGGAGCGAGGCCAAAAGUUCAAUCGCGUACAGAAGGACUGUCGUCUACAGAAGUAACUGAUGGGAAUGAUUUCUUUGUUAGGCAAUUCAGAUCACGUGACCAUUCAUAUUCACGGUCUGAAAGGGAUAUCAGCCCUGAAAAAUAUCAGGGUAGAUACAGAUCAGCUGCUCGUGGCGAAAGAGAUGAAGUUCGUCAAUGGACCUCGUUUGGUUCGAGAAAACACUACAACUCAAGUUAUCAGGGGAACGAUGGUCAUAACCCAACCAGGCCAAGAAGUAAAACUGGCGAUGCCGUUGACAAGAUUGGUGGAUUGGACUUCCAUGAUCAUCCAACAGCAAGGCAAAAUGGUAAUUAUAUGUCGAAAGGCUUGCAUAGGCCCUUCAUCAAGAGAUCACCCGUUGAGAGGGAUGAGUAUUUUGGCGUUGGCAGAAGAAUGCAGCAGCCAACACGGGGAGUGAGCAGCAACUACAGGGGCAGGGGGGGUCAUUAUUCACAACGUUCUAAUAGGGGGGAUUAUGGGGAGGAUUUUGCCCCCCUACCCGAUGAUGCUGCUGGUGUCUAUUUAUCAAGAAGGGAACAGAGUUUUUCUCCAAGAGGCGGUCAAAUGACUUUACCACGAAGAAGGUCUCGUUCGAGAUCAAGAACACGUUCACCGAGGGCGUGGCAUUCCAAUAGGGGGAGAAUCUUGGGUACUAGAAGGAACAGCAGCAGAUCGCCUGAUUUCAGGGUGGAGAGAAUUAGGGUUCCUUUUUCGAAACCCAAUUUUGCAUCCUCCGAAUAUGGAGAAGGUGGCUAUAUGUCCCCAUCCCCGUCAAGAGGCCGCUUCUCCUCUCCCCAGCGAAACUAUCGAUGGGAAAAUAACAAUAAUGAUCGCACGUUCCCAGACAACCAUAUGCGGCGGAGGAGAUCACCGUUUAGAGACUUCAGGCGAAAUGAAAGGUUUGAUGGUGUUGGGCCUUCGGGAAGAUUUAAGAGAGACGAGCAUUUUAGACCAACAGAACGAUCAGGAAGAUUCUCUUACAAUGGUGGUGGUAGAGGAGGGUUUAAACCGGAAUCCAACUAUCAUGGUAGGAGACGUGAUGACGGUGGUGAGAUGAUGAUGCAUCGAGGGGGACCAGUGCAUAAUUCUGAAGAAGGUGGUGCAAAUAAUAAUGUAAGGCGGUCUCGGAAUAAGGCAGCAGAAAUAGAUGGUUUCGAGACGAAAAAUUUGGAUAAAGAAGAUGCUAACGUUGGAGCUGCUGAUUUGCUGCCUCAGAAGCAAGGCGAUGAAAAAGAUGAAAAGGGAGUGUUAAUAUCUGCUGACUAGCGACGGGUGCUCGUUUCUGUUGUAGAGGUAGAUUUUGACAAGGGACAUCAACAAAGAGAGAGGCAGUGACCAUGGCUUGUGAUCAUCUAUCUCCCUCUUGAGGUGGUUGAUGGCUUUUCGUAGGAGGUAUCAGUUUGAACUUUUUUUUUUUCCUUUUCUUUUCCCCAUUUUCUGAUUAGUAGGUAAGGUUAAUUUUGCUGAUUAUUUUUAUUAGGUUAAUGUUUUGGCAAUGCCUCGUUUUAUUUUAAGAAGCAGGCAGCUUUUGUAUUAGUUCCUUUUGAUGGUUUUUUUUAUUAUUGUAUAUCCCAUAUGAUGCAAUUAAAUUAGCAGUUACAUCUUUGGCAUUUGCCAGUUUUGACCCUUGAGUUGGAAUAACAUUAGUUUUGCAGUUC